AUGGUCGUUGUCGCUGUUGACGUGCUGAUGAUGAAAGUAGGCUUUCCAAUGACGUCGGCUGUAUUUUACCAUAUUUUUCUUCUUCAUUCAAAACUUAUACAGAUAUUUAUUAUUCAUGUGCGCAGUUCUCACCGUUCUUUGAUUAAUCUUUUCCCGCCCAUUUCAGUUCAUUUGAAUUUCUUCUCCUUGUUUCUUUUUCUUCUUUUUAUUAUCAUUUCCUCUUUUAUCCAUUUCUUUAUCUUUCUUUCUUUCUUUCUCUCUUUCUUCAUAAUUCAUUAUUUCUUUCCUCUUUUAUCCAAUUCUUUUCUUUCUUUCCUUCUUUCUUUCUUUCUUUCUUUCUUUCUUCAUAAUUCAUUAUUUCUUUCCUCUUUUAUCCAAUCCUUUUCUUUCUUUCUUUCUUUCUUUCUUUCUUUCUUUCUUUCUUUCUUUAUAAUUCAUUAUUUCAUAAACUUCCUUCUCAUUAAAAGCGUUGCUUUUUCUUUUUCUUCCUUUCUUUCUUUCUUUUCUUUCUUUCUUUUCUUUUCUUUUCUUUUUUUCUUUAUUUACUUAUUCAUCAUUCUCGCACGUUCAGUUCGCGCUUUCCAUUUAAAAUAG